CACUUUUACAUGAUGGAAGGUGGAAGGAAUCAAACGAGAAGCUUGCUGAGAUCACUGAUGGAAUCUUGGAAAUGCUGUAUGAGCGUCAGAGCAUCGCUAGUGCAGAUAGAAGAAAACGUUUAGGAAGACACCCUGAUAUCAUAUUUGUAAUGAUGGAUAGAGGGAAAAAAUAUGAACUUAUGUAUACAGAGUGCUCGUGUCUAUUUGUAUGGAAUAAAAGAUAA